CUAUUAGAUGGUUGUAGUACUUAACUUACUUUAGCGCAAUCAAGAUCCCUUUUGGUCGUUUAUAAAUAUAAGAGUGGCAAACAAGUGUAUGGUGCAUUUUGUAUUGUUCGGUUCAAUUUGAUUAACGAACGUGAGCUUUGUGAUUUCUUUUCUUGAUAUUGGAUAUUUGCUGCGACAAUUUAUUAAAAUGAACAUCAUCUUCUGUGUGCUACUUGUAGCACAUACCAUCAUCGCCGAAGAGACCAACAAAAAAAUCAAUUUAGAAGACAUCGAAAGAGAUAAUCUGAUUAGCGAGCGACGAUCGCAAGGCAAAGAAGUGCUCGAAGGACAACAUACACAGCAUUUACGACCGCCCAGUAUACACGCUUCAACUAAUUACGAGAUAAGACACGGAAACGAUGCGGUCUCAACAAGUGAUAUAACUUACUCCCAUCAAAGUCCAUCUGAAAAUCACUAUGCAACGCAUCAACAAAAUGAAGUUCAAUACGUCACCGUAGAACCGCAAGCGGUCCAAUAUCAAGAGGACAAAGAGUAUGAAUCUCAGCCACAGCAGUCUCCACCAACACAAUACAGGCCAGUUCAUGAAGAAGGGCGAACUUAUUCGGCUCCCGCACGUCACUCUUUGGUAUCUCCAAUAAUACCUACACCAAGUGCAACUCCUUCUCCGUAUCUAGCCCAGCAACCGCAAUACGUUUAUGUUCAGGCUGGUCAGUCGCCCAACCAACCGUCGAGCAGCAACUAUGACCAUCAGUCACAAGGUGGAAUACGUUAUGCACAAGGUGUCCAAUACGCUCAGCAGGAAGAAUCUGCUAAUGCCGCUUAUGGACAAGUGUCACAAACAGAGACAGAGCAAUCGGAUAAUGGUGUAUCAUACGUACCACAACAGUACAUUCAAUAUGUUCCGUAUGUUAGCCAAGGACCCGAUCAACAAACGUUCAUUAUGAUGGUGCCUCUAAGAAAUGCACACACUUACGUUCAAUCACCGUCUGUACCAUCAUACACCCCACAGAGCACGUAUUCGAUUCAGAAACCACAACAAACUCCAACCGUCACCUACACACACUCAGCCCCUGCCGAAGAAAAUGCUCCACUUGCAGCUCCACAUUCGACAAUUGCACCGUCAGUACCGUCCCAACUACAUUAUUCGGUUCCAUCAUACUCCUCCUACCAUCAACCAGCACAGCCAGCUCAUUCUAUCCAAUACACACCGCAUCAAGUUCAAAUCCAACAAUCCAUUGAAUAUCCCUCCCGACACGAAUACUAUCAUGCACCGAAGAUUGUUUCACUGCACAGUGCACCACAGUAUCAAUCGCACUUCCAACCAUCCUAUCAGUACGGAUCUCCGCAAUUGGAUUUCUUCGGCGCAUACAACAAGCAGCACUCCAGUUUACUCGACUCGUACAUCCCAAGUUCGGUCAUUUUGGAUAGACAGCGAGCCUACUUACAAAAGAAUCAGUUGUAUCAUCAACCGGCAUCGCCGUCACUGAAUCACAUUCCAACAGCGUUGAAUGGACACAGUUUGAAUGGUUAUAAUACGAUUGCCUAUUCGACGCCCCUGGGGUACAGUUACAAUCAUUUGAAACGGUCUCCCAGUCUACCCGCGUCGACGAAACUAAAGGUGAAAGGUCAUAAAGCAACGAAAUUGACUAAAGUCCCGACGAAAGUUUAAUCAAUUUUCCCCUUUGAUUCGACUCACGUGACAAUAAAUUAUUUUCUCGUUAAUUCCAAUUUAUGUAUGAUCCAAACCUGCACAACACAAUAAUGUGCUUGAUUGUGCAGUUGCGCCAAUUUUGUGAUAAACUCAAAAGGAAAUCUUUUUUUCCUCAAAAAUUUUAUGUUUUGUUGCUUGGAAAUGUUGAUGAAAAAUUCAAAUUGACUUCAUUUUGUUGAACAACAUCGUUCGAUUUAAAUUGAUUUAUACUACUAAUUCCAUAUUUUGUAAAUUUAGUCUCGUAAGUGUUGUAAUUUAUGCAUUUUUUUAGGUGCCACUAGUCGUGUAAGAUACAAUUACCGAAUGCCUUCAUUUCGAUCAUAAUCGAAAUGAAAAUUGUUGCAUUGUUCGUUUGUAAGUAAAAUUAAAAUAUCAGAAUCUGUU